AAUGAAUAAGAAAGAAUAGAGAAAACUUAAUGCUCAAAUAGAUAAGGAAGUCCUUAAAUUAACAGGUGGAGUAUAUCCUGUUGGUCUUAUUACUUAAUAAAAACCCAUCAUUCAUUAGAAAUGGGCACAAGAAGAAAUAUUAUUAAACAAUUCUCUUAUCAAAAGAAUUAAUGCUUGGGUACCUGAAUAAGAGAGAGGCAAACUAUUUCCAGGAGAAAAAUUUAACAUUGAACCUGAAAUUGUUGAAUUUACAGAAAAUGAUAUAGUGGUUGAUGAAAAUUGGGAUUAUGAAGAAACCAAAUACUUAUUUUAAGAAUUAAGACAUUUUAAUUAUAAUUUCAUUAUUCUUUAUGAUAGAUAUCAAUAUUAAAAUAAGAAUAGAGAUAUAUAUCAAUUAAAAGAUAGAUAUUAUAGUGUAAUGAGAGAGAUCUUAUAAAAAAGAAAUUAAACAUCACAUUAAUUAUAUAAUUAUGUUUAUGAUGAGGAAUAUGAUAGAUUUAGAAAUAUGGAAUUAGAAAAAUAUUUAAAAAGAACUAAAUAAAUAUGUGAUGAUGAAAAAAAAAUAUAAGAAGAUCUAAGAAAAUUAGAUUAAUUGAUUAAAAAAUAAGAAAAAGAACAUCGUAGUAUAACUAGAUGUAUUGGAAGUGCUUAAGAAACUGAUGUAAAUAUAUAUAUAUAUAUAUAAUAGGAAAUAGAUGAAAAUAGAUUAUAAACAAUUUUAGAAGUUGGUUAGAAAAAUGAAGAUUUAAAAAAUAAAACUUAAUAACAUAUAGUGUAUCUUAGAACCAAAUGGGUUAAUGAAGUAUUACCUAUUCCAAGUUCAGUUAAGGAUAAAUUAGAUAGAUAAUUAAAAGACAUUAUCCCUCAAACUAAAUUAGUCUUAAAUUAAGAAUUAGAGUCUUAAUACUCUCAAUUAAGAAAGUUUUAUUUAGAAGUUUUAAUUAAAUAAAGAUUAUAAAAAAAGAGAGAAGCAGAUAAAAAAUAAUUAGAAGAUAAAAUUAGAAAACUUAAAACAUAAUUUGAUUCUUAACCUCAAAGUGAUAUUAAAUAAAAAAAAUGA